UGGACUGUAGUGGGCAGUGAGGUGGGCCUCACAGUGGCUGCCGUGUGGGCCUGGGUCACAGUGGACGUCGGGUGGUACCAGGAGACCCUCGAGCCGGCCCUGGGUGGCCCGGGGCCCCACGCAGGGGCAGCCAAGGCAGGUUGGGAGGCCAAGGCCCGGCCCCUCCCCAGACGUCGGCAGUGGAGCAUGCUGGGAAUCCGCACUUCCUCUUCAGGGCCCUGCAGAAACCACAGGUCGCAGGGCUGGGCCAGCCGCCCCCUGGGGACCCAGCAGGAUGGCAGAGGGCAAGGCGGGUGGUGCUGCAGGCCUCUUCGCCAAGCAGGUGCAGAAGAAGUUCAGCAGGGCCCAGGAGAAGGUACUGCAAAAAUUGGGAAAAACUGUAGAAACCAAAGAUGAGCGAUUUGAACAAAGUGCCGGCAACUUCUACCAACAACAGACGGAAGGCCACAAGCUGUACAAGGACUUGAAGAACUUCCUAAGUGCAGUCAAAGUGAUGCAUGAAAGUUCAAAGAGAGUGUCAGAGACGCUGCAGGAGAUCUACAGCAGCGAGUGGGAUGGGCAUGAGGAGCUGAAGGCCAUCGUAGGGAAUAAUGAUCUCCUUUGGGAAGACUAUGAAGAGAAAUUGGCUGACCAGGCUUUGAGGACCAUGGAAAACUAUGUAGCUCAGUUCAGCGAAAUUAAGGAAAGAAUUGCCAAGCGGGGUCGGAAACUUGUGGACUAUGACAGUGCCCGACACCACCUGGAGGCGGUACAGAAUGCUAAGAAGAAAGAUGAGGCCAAGAUUGCCAAGGCAGAGGAAGAGUUCAACAAAGCCCAGCUUGUAUUUGAAGAUCUGAACCAGGAGCUACUGGAGGAACUGCCUGUUCUUUAUAAUAGCAGCAGGCGCUCUUUAGUCAUCUCUCCCCCAGUUCGAACAUCUGCCAUCUCCAGCCCUGUUAAUUCACCUACCAGUCCCUCUGCACUUUCUUUGAUGAGUGAGCGUGAAGCAACUGAGGAAGAGCUGCCGCCUGAUACAGUCCCAGGAGAAGAUCAUUCUGAGAUUCAAGAGGAGUCCUUGAAAGAUGAGGGAGUGGAAGAGGAAGGGUCUGAAGCAAGUUCCUCUGAGGAGGAAGACCCUCUGCUGGCCUGCAAUGGGCCAAGCCAGUCCCAGCCCUCUCCCACCGCUGAGCGGGACAAGUCCCAGGAGGAAGUUCUCCCUUGCUCCCUAGCUCCAUCACCAGACAGAGCUCCGAGCCCUUCAGAGCAGUCUUCCUCUCUCCCAGAAAUAACCCUUCGAACCCGCGCCUCAAGUGAAGGAUCUGAACCACCAAAGACAGCCUCUAUCCAGAGGACCUCAGCGCCCCCUAAUAGGCCUCCUCCUCCCAAAGCCCCGCCAAGCCCUAGGGGCCACUUGGAGACCGGGACUCCAAGUCCUGGGGCCUCAUUAGAGGCCUCUCCUAAUCCAGAACCACCAGAGAAGCCACUGAGGUCUCCUGAGGCCAGAGAAAAGGAGAACAACCCUGAACAGAACCCAGAAGAACUUUACACUUUCCCCGACUUGUGUACUUCUCAGGGUUUUUCAGAGCCUGGAGAUUGGAAGAGGAUGGGAGAUGAAGAGACCAGUAAGCUUAUCUCAGCUGACUCUCCUGAGAGCCGCAGUGAUCCUGAUGACAUCACAGCACCUGAGCCUCAAGAAGGGGUAUCCGCAAAUGAAAAUGCACGACUCUGAAGAGAAACUGCCAGGACCUCCCCUAUACACAUCUCCCCAGAGAAGCUUCCCAACCAGAGGGGAUAGGUCCAGAGGAAUAAAACCAGCAUUCACUUCUGGCUUCUAAGGGGGUACGAGUGCUGGUAAUCUUGAAAGACCUGGCAUUAAUGGAAGCUGAGGAGCAGCCUUAUGGGAGGAAGGGAGGGAGGGAGGGAAGGAGACAGGCUUAGAGAGGAAACUGUGAGACUCAGGGAAUAUUUUAAUCCUGGUUUUAGCAUUAUCAGAAGAAUCAGACUUUAUAUAAUAAAAUGGGCCAUAAUAACAUAAAAAACAAAAGUAUCUAUAGACACAUACACUUGUCCACAGAGGGACACAAAACCACACCUACUCAGAAGACAGUGAACAAACAUGCUUUUGACUUACCCCACUCACUUUGCAAGACUUAAAGCCAAAAGAAUAUAUUUUCAGACUGUUAAAUAAAGUAUGGUUUGGACUGUA